GCUCAAAAGCUGGACUGCUCUUCUUCCACAUCUCCGAACAACAACAAAGCCAGGCAUCGUAAGAAGGACGCCAGGCGUGGUCCUCUGUACCAGUGAUAUAGAUUUUGAUAUUCCUCAUGUAAGUACACUGAUCGUAUUUCUAUAUUCUAAUAUUUUCACGUUCGUUAUCGUUAUCCUUAUCGUUUUCGUUUACAUUUCGUUUACUCUUUUGAGUGGUUUUACCUCAAACAUAUUUGUACCAAUUUGUUCUCGAUUAAUACCUAAACUUGGUUCAUCUGGUCCUGAAGCUAAAAACCAUUUCCGACGAUGUUGCUUCGCUGCCUCUCUACCUCUCUUGCAGCCACUUCUGUUGCGCAAGCCGGAGCGGUGCGUUUGACGUCGCGUGGAUUCAUCGCCCCGGGGGAUGCACAGCUGGCGCCGCCGGCCCCGUUCGACGACCCGGAUGCAGCAGCUCAUGCGGACGCAGAGGGCCACGAGCCGGUCUUUGCCCACGACUUCUCUCCGGACGGGAAAAUGGCCCCGUUGCCGGCCGAUUGGUAUUCUCCGGACGCGAAGCUGGCGCCACGACUCCUGCCGGCCCGCGACUGGUAUUCUCCGGACGCGAAGCUAGCGCCGCUGUCGCAUCCGGUCGACAAUGCAUUUAUUCCGGGCGACCUGCCAGGCGGCUCUGAUGUUGUGCACCGAGGAGGACCACAGGGCCCCGACGCCCCGUUCUUGUUGCGCCCACUAGCCGGGACGACCAACGUCAACGAGCGAGAUCAGAUGCUUCAACCACGAGGACCGGCGCAGCAGCAGCAGCACAGUGAAGAUCAACAACACCCAGCACCGGAGGUUGUUCUUGACAGGUUCGCGGAUCAUUUGUGGCGACAGUUUUCUCCGAGCGACAGUGAGCAGUCGGGGGCUUUUAGCACCUGCUCCGGAACCAUGCGCCGCCUGGUUUCUCAAGACAUCAUCGACGACCAUCGCCUGCUGAUGGACGAGGACUAUUUGCGGCAGCUUGACCAAUUGGACGAAGGGAUGAAGAGAAUGUCCUUGUAUAGUUCAGCGAAGAAAUCUUCGUCAUCCAACGGCUCCGCCUUCUCGGAAGGGUUCCUUGCAACAUCUCCGAAGAAAGAACAAGAAGAGGACCACGAGGAGCUGGCGGCGUGCAAGAUCAGCAAAAAACAGGACGAUGUGAACUACCCGCUACAAAGUAAUAAAACCACGACAGCUACUACCAGUAACGACGGCGCAUCAUCUUCUCGCGCAAAGCUACCGAUUUUGUAUCACAGGAAAAAGUGUUAACGUUAACGAAAUUUGUGAUGCAGUAAUGCACCACAAAAGCCAAAACUUGUGUUUGUCAUGCGUAGCAUGCAUGCUAAGAAUUUGUCAUGCAUAUUUGCAAUCUAUGAAAACCGUUAACGUUUGACAGUUUUUUGUUUGAUAUUGUGAACACAGCGAACAGCCUUUUCUCCGACAGUCUGUGUAGUACUUCCAUAGUAGAUCAGAUGAAGAAAGAUAUGUGCGAAAACCUUACUCCCGCCAAUUUUCGCGACAUCAACGACAUUUGGGUUCCUUGGUGCCGCCAACUUGCACCAGCACAGGAGGACCUCGAGUACUAGCCUCUGCACUGGAAAAAUGAGAUACUUACUUGGGGACAUCAAGCACAACGAACUUUACGCAUCCAGCCGCGGAUAACGAACCACAAAACGCGAAAAAACGUACAACAUCGGCGUCUCUGCUCUUUAGACAAAAGUAUUGAAGAGCUUGCAGGAGUGGUGUGAUGUGUGAAAAUAGAUGUAUGAUGUGCUCUCUUGUUUCAAUUUCAUCACUUCUCCAGAUGACAGAUAAGCCUGAACUUUAUGAUGUCGAGACAGUCCUCCAGCUCCAUAUGCGGGAGCAGGGACUGCGCCUUUAUUGAUUUUGGGCAUGCAAAGCGAUAGCUCUCAUUUGAGUCGUAUUACUUUUUGGCCAUAGUACGGAUACCCAUUUACUUUUACAACUUUAAUAGAUCUUCAGCAGAAUGGCGAAAGUAAAGCAAUG